ACAGUGACUGGGGCAUGUUAACACCUUUGACUCUUUGGGCCCCUAUGGGUACGUCCACACAGCAAUAAAAGACUCGCAGCAACCCAGCUACGAUGACGUGGAAGGUUCCCUCAUUCUCCCGCAGCUCCACAGUGAGCUCCGCUCUGCCCGGCUACGUCGCUCUCUGCCUCACUCUCCAGGUUCACAGGCUGGUGUGAGCACAGUUCACAGUGACUGGACCUGACCAUCCAGUCACUGCCUCCCUAGGUGGGGUGGCCAUCCUGCCCUGCCACUUCUCCCCCAGGAUGAGUGCUGAGAACAUGGAGGUGGGAUGGUCCAGAUCCCAGGACUCUGCAGUGGUGCACCUGUACCGUGAUGGGCAGGAUCAGUACAGAGAGCAGAUACCGGAAUAUCAAGGAAGAACUGAGCUCUUUAGAGACGACAUCAUCGAUGGGAGAGUUUCCCUGAGAAUACGCGAUAUCCGACCCUCCGACUAUGGGCAGUACACGUGUUUUUUUCAGUCCAGUGUCUUUUAUGAUGAAGCUUUAUUGGAACUACAGGUGGCAGAUUUGGGCUCUGAUCCUGUCAUCUCUGUGGAGGGACAUCAGGAUGGAGGGAUCCGGAUGGUGUGCCGAUCAUCCGGAUGGAACUCACAACCUGAGGUUCAGUGGAGAAAUCUCCAGGGGAAGAUCUUACCAUCGGCCUCUGAAGACAUAUCCCAAGAGGCCAGUGGCCUGUUUCAAACAGAGAUUGCCAUUAUUCUAACAGAAGAGUCCAACCAGAAAGUGUCCUGCUGUGUCAGGAAUCCCCGACUCGACCAGGAGAGAGAGACAGCGAUUUCCAUAGCAGAGCCGUUUUUCCCGACGGUCAACCCCUGGAUGGUGGCUCUGGGGGUGAUCCUGGCUCUCCCGGCUGUUCUCAUGGCCCUGGCCAGUUACUGCUUCUGGAGGCAAGGCAGAGCGAAAGAAAACGAGGUCUGGGAAUGCUUCUCGGUGAGGGACGCAGAAGGAAAACUCAGUGUACAUUACAGGAGCUGCCCAGUUCCAAUAAAAGGAAGCAGGCAUUCACACAAGCCCCUGCUUCUUGAACUGCUCGCCAGCCUGGAUCCGUGGCCACAGGCGGACACACAAGAUCUACGAGGCUUCGGCUUCCCAGCUUCCUAUGCUGUCUCCAGUAACUCUCCGCCUGCGUGA